GGAGACUGAGCCAUGGGUUGGUCUGAGAAUUCAAACAUGUCUUCCAGCGGUUCCCAAACCCUGUCGAGUAUUGGGGAAGGAGGGGAGUGGCCACCCAACCCGAGCCAUGUGAACCACACCGUUUCUGCAAACAACACGGUGCUGGCUCGCCCCGACGUGCUUGGCCCAGAGUACCACGAGCAGCUGCGAAUGGGGAUCCUCGGUGUCAUGUUCCUGGUGGCACUGCUGGGAAACUCCAAGGUGAUGUGGACGCUAAGACAGAAGUGGGAGAACCGAGGACGUAUGACCAUCCUCAGCUUCAACCUUACUCUGGCGGACACUUUGGUCACUCUUAUAACUAUUCUAGGUCAGCUGCUGUGGGAGGUUCUGGAUAAGCACUGGUACCUCUCGAACGGUGCCUGCAAAGUGUACAAGGUGGCGUCGACCUUCGCCAUCACUUCGAGCAACUACAUGCUUGUGGCCAUCGCUAUCGACCGGCACGAGGCAGUGGUGCGGCCUCUCAACCCCUUCAUCAGCGCUAAGAACCUGGUGCUGGCGGCUUGGGCGGUCAGUCUUCUCCCUUCGCUGCCUAACCUCUUCAUAUUCCUAAGGCACACCACACCUGAGGGCAGGACGUACUGUGUUUCCAAGUUUUACACGCAAGAACUGGACACUAACUUUAGACAGGUGUACCUGAUGGUGGUGCUGGUGCUGGUGUUCAUCAUCUGCCAAGUACUGCUGCUGGUGCUCUACGUGAGGAUUUACUUCACCAUCUGGCGCAAGUCCUCGUACUUCAGGGGCGGUCAGAGGGGCAACAACAAUGACAGUCAGAGAUCCAACAGCCUCCUCCCAAAGGCCAAGACGAAAACACUGAACAUGACCAUUGUUAUUGUGGCUACGUUCUUCGUCACCAACACUCCCUAUGUCGUCCAGGAGCUGCUGAUCGCUUUCGGGAACAUGGACAACAUAAAUCCCAACGUGGUGGCCCUUUUUGGCAUCAUCUCAGCCUCCAACUCCAGCCUUAACCCAUUCAUCUACCUGCUGUUCUGUCCCAAGGCGGAGAGAAGGUCGCCGGAGAGCUACAGGGUCACCUUUUCCCGUCGGUGGCCCACUUUGAAUAGCCGCCAUCUCUCCACUCCGGCCUCCGCUCAGACCUUCCUCACGUCCGGUAACUCCUGUAAGAGCAGCAACUGAUAUGAAGCAAAGAGGAGGAAGGAACACUCUCGCAGACCCGCUGACUGACUCGCCGGGGAGGAAGUGAUUGGGAAGACGAGACUAAACUGGAAUGUGCCGCCAUCCCAAGAAAAACGGGGGCCUGUGACACACAAACACACACACACACACACACACACACACACACACACACACACACGUUUCUGCUUGUGACGAAGACUUUACAUACAUUUCCUCCCUAUGUGUGUAUCAGUGUCAGUGUUCCAAAUGGCUCCCGAUGCGCACAGUGACUUGCGGUGCUACAAUACGUGAUAUGUCCAAACACUGACUUGCCUUUACAACCUGACUGGUGGGGCGCUGAUUCUCAAUAUGUGCAGCUUUACUGCACAAAGUUUUUUUUUUUUUUCUGCAUACUUGUGCACCACAGCAUUGUUCUGUAGAUGCGGUGGUGGCGGUGGUGGCUGUUCCGUGCCGGCAGGAGUGCCCUGGCUCUAUGAUUCGGAGGUCUCUGACAGCCAGAGUGUGAGGAACUACUGCCAGAUUAUCGUCGCUGAAAACCAAAGUUGCUUCACAGACGUCACAUUCUUUUUCUUUCAUCAUCAUCAUCACCUUCUUCUUCUUCUUCUUCUUCUUCUUCUUCUUCUUCUUCUUCUUCUUCUUCUUCUUCUUCUUCUUGUUUUUAUAUAAAUUUUUUUUCCCAUAACUAGAAGUUCUCUCCUGAUACAAACACUCACACGCAAUGGAUUUGUCAGUGCUUUAAAUAAAAUUGUCGCUUUUACGUCCUCUAUUUCUCAGACUCGUCUGAUACUCAGUGAUACCGCACCUCGACUGUCUUCAAUAUGCUUGAUUUCAUUUUACGAUGUAUUUUUUUUACUUCAGAAGUUUAAAUGUUCAGUAUUCGGUUUGAUUCAGCUCGAUCAAACGCCGGUUUCUUUUUUCCCAAUAACUCAUACCAUGUAUGAGGUUUUUAUUUUCUACUUUUCAUUGAUGUAUUUAGCAUUAGCAAAUCGACAGUGUGCUUUGUGUUACAGGAAGGUCUGUAGUACCUGCUGAGCCCUGCACAUCACAGGCUUUUCUGGCGUAGUUCAAAGCUUUUUUUUUUUUCUCCGUUUUCAGUUCACGUCUGUGUCUGUACGAGUGUUAGGUACUACAACAACAACAACCACAACAACAACAACUAGUACUACUACUACUACUAC